AUGGUAACCAUGUUUAUGUUUGUUACCGUGUACCCCAGCAGGUCACGGUGGGAACCAGGGGUCUAUGUUGGAGACAGAGACAACUUGCUGUUUGCCUCGAUCAUCUCGGCUGUGGACCCCGUGGCUGCUCUCAAUGUGUUUGAAGACACUGGAGUCAACGAGCAGAUUUACAUAGUCAUAUUUGGAGAGGGCCUCUUCAAUGAUGCCGUCACUGUGGUUCUUUACAGCAUGUUUGCCUUUCUAGCAGACAUGCCAAACAUUGAUUCUGUUGAUGUGUUUCUUGGAGUUGCCCGGUUCUUCGUGGUGGGGAUGGGCGGCGUCUUUUCUGGCCUUCUGUUUGGAUUUGUGGCUGCAUUCGUCACACGUUUCACCCACAAUGUCCGUGAGAUCGAGCCCCUCUUUGUCUUCAUGUUCAGCUACCUUUCGUAUGAACUGUUUGCCUUAUCCAGCAUCAUGGCCAUUGUUGUAUGUGCUAUAACCACGAAGUACUACGUGGAGGAGAAUGUAUCCCAGACGUCCUGCACCACCAUUCGCUACGUUGUCAAGAUGCUGUCCACCGUCUCUGAAACCCUCAUCUUCUUCUUUCUCGGCGUGGUUAUAGUCACAACCGAGCACGAGUGGAGCUGGGCCUACAUCCUGCUUACGCUGCUGUUCGCCUUCGUCUGGAGAGGCAUCGGCAUAUUGCUUCUGACUCAGAUUGUCAACCCGUUACGUACAAUCCAGUUUGGCCUGGCCUACGGAGGCCUGCGAGGGGCCAUCUGCUUCGCUCUGUCCUUCACGCUACCGGACACCUUCAACAGAAGGAAGCUAUUUGUCACAGCUUCGAUCGCCAUUAUUAUAUUCACCGUCUUCAUUCAGGUGGGCCAAAAACUCAGCUUCACCAUGUUUUUCAUCAUAUUAUUAGAAAUGCAGCCUUACAGAGUACAGAAGACCUAAAAUGUCAAAA